AUGGCACUGGAGUUGGCCGCACCGCCUUUGCACGAGCACUUGGCGAAUCCUCCGAGUCGGAAAGCGGCUGGCCGUGAGCAAGAGUGGGGCGGCUGUGACUCACAGCUGUCACUCGGCCGGCAGGAGCUUAGGCUGCGCGGGUUGGCCUCCUCGGAGGAGGUGGCGGCGAAGGUGGUGGCCUCUGAUGGGCACAGCUGGCUCAAGUACGGUCGGAAGAAAGUCCGCCAUUCGGGUGCCACCAGGUGCUACUACAAGUGCAGCAUGUCUAAGGCCAUCCCUCGCUGCCCCGCCAGGAAGACCGCUGACAUCAAAAGCCUCGACUCUAUUCAUGUCACCUACCGAUGCCGCAUCCACAACCACCCCGUAGUUCCCAACCGCCGUUCACCCUACUACCACCCUAACGUUCCCGUUGGCGAUACGAACUGCCGUGCCGACCACCAUAUCAACCUUACGGCUUCACAAGGUGUGGUUGGCCCUGUGGCACCUGGCACCGUUCGACCUGUUGCUUCUGGUGGGGAAUUGAAGGCGCUCGUGCAAUCUUUGCAGCAUGAGAGCGUGGGAGUGAUUGCUUCUGGCAGUAGGACAGACGCUGGUUGUGCUGCUGUUGCUGCUGGUGGUGGUGCUGGUGAUGCUGCUGUUCGGCUUGCCGCUUCUUGUGGCGACUGGGAGGCCCUCGUGCCAGCCUUGCAGCGUGAGAGCGUGGGAGUGACUUCUGGCAAUGGGUCCGACGCUGGUUGUUUUGCUGCUGCUGCCGGUGGUGCUGGUGAUGCUGCUGUUCGAGCUGGUGGCGCAGGUGCUGCUGAUGCUGCGGCUAGUGCUGGUGGUGGUGGUGCUGCUGCUGCUGCUUCUUCUGCUGCUGCUUCUGCUGCUGCUGCUGCUGUUGCUGCUGCUGCUGCUGCUGCUGCUGCUGCUGCUGCUGCUGCUGUUGUUGUUGUUGCUGCUGCUGCUGCUGCUGCUGCUGCUGCUGCUGCUGCUGCUGCUGCUGCUGCUGCUGCUGCUGCUGCUGCUGCUGCUGCUGCUGCUGUUGUUACUGCUUCUUCCGACGGUGGUGGUGCUGCUGAUGCAGAUUGGGCCGCCGAUUUGACAAACGAGGUUUUCUCAUUGCUGGGAGCAAGAUCGCCUUUGGUUCAAGAGCAACAAGAGCUUUUACAGCGGCGCAGUCUCACCCAUGUGGGACUUCUAUCCAAAGAAUCCCUUGCUCGUUAUUCCUUGUGA